AUGGAGAAGAAACGCAAAGGAAUUUCAGCAGUUGUACUCCUGGCUUUAAUACAAGGUUUUCUGGCCUCCUCUGCUGCCGUUGAGGUCCAGCCCUCCAUCAACCCUGCUAAAGUCGGGCAAACAGUGACACUGUCUCUGUCUCCUUCUGCCACUUUGAAAAGUGGCAGUUGGGCAGCAGGAGAUUCCCUCAUCGUCAACUGGAUCGGUGACCAGCAGGCAGUUUUCCCCAGUCACACAGGCAGGGCGUUGGUCAACGUCCUCACCGGGGCUCUCACGCUGAGCUCCGUCACCGUGGCUGACUCGGGAGUCUACGUGGUGCAGAGCAGUGACCCUCAGCUGAGCGCCAGUGCUUCCAUCACUGUUCUGGAACCCGUUUCAAAUGUGACGCUCAGCGUGAAUGAAACCGAGCUGAUGGAGUUCAACAGCUCAGCAGUGCUCAGGUGCUCUGUCUCCUCUGGGUCCUCCUUCUCCUUCCUCUGGAUGAAUGGCAGCUCCGAGGUCACAGCCACCGACAGAGUUCAGCUCACUGAUGGAGGAGCCACUCUCACCAUAGUGAAUGUGACUCGCUACGACCAAGGACCAUUCAGGUGUUGUGUGUUCAACCCUGUCAGUAACAGCAGCAGUGAUUCAGUCAACUUUACCAUCAGCUGUGAGUAG